AUGGUGUGUGAUACGGUGGUGUACCACCCUUCGGUGUCGAGACUGAUCCGGUUCCUGGACUCGACCGCGGGACGGGAGAAGGUGCUGAGGCUGUUGCAGUAUCUGUCGCGGUUUUUGGCGUUCCAGCAGUCGUCGGUGCUUGCGAAGCAGCUGCAGGCGCAGUUUACCGUGGUGCGGAAGAUCCUGCGGUUCCUGAAGCCGCUGAACCAUCUGCAGGCGGCUUCCAAGUUCUACGAUAACAAGCUUUCCGGGGAUGCGCUGGUGCGGGCGUGCAACGUGAUCAAGAACCUGGCGUAUGCAGGGUAUUUGAGCUUCGACCAGGUGAAUCUGCUGCGGAUGCUGCGGCUGGUGCCCGUGACGGGGUUCACGGCCAAGAGGGUUCCGCUGUGGAGCAAUUGGUGCUGGUUUGUCGGGCUGCUGACGGGGCUUGUGAUGGACGCGCGCAAGAUCCAGCUUGCGCAGCAGCGGAUCGUCGCGCUGGCCGAGGAGAAGAGCGAGAAGUACGAGGAGGACAAGCUGCUGGCCAAGUCGUACCAGGAGCGCGGCGCGGCCGUGAGAAGGCUGCUGUGGGACGCGAUUGACACCUUCAUCGUGCUGAACAACUUGAACUUCUUGCACAACGAGGACGGCCAUGUGGCGCUGGCAGGUGUGGCCACUUCGCUGUUCGGGCUGCAGGACCUGUGGAACGCUGCCUAG